GAUAGUUUUUUCCGGUCUCUACUCUCAGAUUUACAGUACUUUAAAAAGUUUACUUUUAUCUCUGGUUUACUUUUGUUUAGUUUGAUAGAUAAUAACAUAUUUGUGUGUGAUUAAAGUGUUUUUGUUUGUAGUUUAUCUCUGAUUUCUUGUAGGACUAAAAUUAUAAAUUGAAGACAAUAAUGAAGAACUUAUUGGACGUGAUGACAAUUCAAAAGCGGUCUGAAGCCAAUAAAUGCGAAAUAAAAGCAGAUUAUCGCAAAGUUGAUAAGCCUGGUGUUGUGCCACGUUUCCUAUUUGAAUGCGCUAUUAAACUACAAAUUAAGCCACUGACCUCAGCAAGUGCAGCUAUAAUUUUCCAUCGUUUCUUUAAAGAAGUAUCGAGCACCGAUUAUGAUGAAUAUCUUAUUGCUGCUUCCGCAUUAUACUUAGCAGGAAAAAUUAAGGACGAUCCUGUCAAAAUUCGUGAUGUUAUUAAUGUUACACAUAAUACUUUGAAUCGUGGAGUUCCACCACUAGAAUUGGGAGAUGAAUAUUGGUCAAUACGCGAUGCCAUAGUCCAGGCCGAGUUGCUACUCGCUCGCACUUUAAAGUUUGAUUUGAAUAUUGAACAUCCACACAAGUAUUUGCUUUACUAUAUGAAAACGCUACAAUCUUGGUUAGGUCCUACUAUUUGGUCAUCAGUACCGAUAGCAAAGUCAGCAGCCUCUUUUCUUCAAGAUUUCCAUCACAGCUCGAAAAUCCUUAACCACAAACAAUCGCAUGUUGCUAUAUGCUGUUUAUCUUUGGCAUUGCAAUCGUAUGGUGUCCAGGUCCCACUUGCCGAUGAAUCUGAUGAAGCUUCCAUGUGGUAUACGCCAUUUGUAAGUGAUUUAACAAAAGAAAAACACUGGGAAAUAAUUGAAGAUAUAAUAGAGACUUAUAAGCAAGAAAGCGAUAUUAAUUCCGUUUAAAUGAAAUUCUAUACUGAAUUUAUUUCUUAUAAGCGUAGAUACCUACGUUCAAGUAAUAUGUAAAACUUGUGAUAAGGAAAUUUUUCAAGCUAUAAAAGUGGCUAUGGUUUAUUUCUGCCUUGUAUUUUAGUUCAUAUUCAUUGAAACCGAAUUCCUUAGAGAUUUAAAACAUACCUGCAUACUGAUCAUAUUUAUUUAUGUAUCUCGAUAAUAAUAUGUUAGUUUGAUUAAAUAAAUUUUUAUUAUUUUUAAAAUUGCUUAAU